CGGGGGGCGUGGGGGCAGGGACUGGAUUCCCGGCGGAACCGGCUACAUCCGAGUCAGCCCCCGAGUGUGGCGGCCAGCGCUUUCUCGCCCCAGCCCGCCAAGGGUGGGGUUUGGCCCGCGAGGGGCGCUGGAAGUGGCCAGGCCAGAGGAAUUCCUUCCAUUUCCCCGCUGGCUUCCAGGAGUUAGGGAGCUCGGCUGCCAGGACGCCGAGCCGGGAGGGACCAGAGUUGCCCGGUGCAACCCCUUCGUGGGACUGAGCUGAGAAGCCGAGCCUGGAGAUGGUCUCGUGGAGUCAGGAGCGGGCCUGGGAUUAGAAGUGCUGCAGAGGUGGCAUCUCCAGUGGUUUCCAGUGGAGUAAUAAUUUGGGUUGGGGGCUAGUAUUAGGGGUGUGCUGGGAAAAGGAAGGCUGGGCAGAGGUAGGUGGAUUGAGAAUAGUUAUGCCCAAAGUGUGCUGAUGUAGUAGGAGGCUUCAGUGGUGACUUCAGGCUUGGCCCUAGACCCACACCAAGUGAAUUGGUUGAAGACUUGAAAGGGAAGCCAGCCGACUCUUUGUAGUGACCUAGAGGUGAGAGGAAUGACAAUGACAAAUGUAUAGUACGGUAAAGCCAAGAUUCCAAGCGAUGGCAGCCAGGCAGAAGGAUGGACCAAGUCUAGCAGGAUGAAUGAGACUGAUUAUGAAUGUUGAGGCCUGUGCUGUAGUUAAGAAAAUUAGCUGAGAGGUUCAACCCAGCAACUCAGGCCCUGGAGCUUCCCACUGGCUCUCUGGUGUUGGCUGUCAAAUUGCUCUGUGCCCACUAAGCAGGUCCAAGGAGGGAAGGGGGUUGCCUGACCCUGGGCUCCCUGGUUGGGCUCCCUGGGUUCUAAUCCUAGCUUUGUCACUUCCUAGCUGUGUGACCUUGGACAGGUUGCUUAACAUUUCUGUGCCUUAGUUUCCUCCUUGUUAAAACGUUCAUAAUAAGAAUAAUGCUUUUCUCACAGUGUUGUGAGGCUAAAAUGAGAACCUGAGUGUAAAGUGCUUAGUGAUAUAUUUAGCACAUGCUGUUCAACAAAUAUUAGCUGCUGUUGUUAUUGUUGGUAAUAGUAAUAUGCCCAUUUCUGGGUGGGGACAUUGGCCAAGGCAGAGUUUAUGCCAUCAGGAAGCCACCAGGGCUGCAGAGGGUCUGUCAUUCAUGUCCUGUUGCAAGGAGUUCAGAUAAGGAAAGACUCAGUUGAUAGGAGGGAGGAGAAGGAGGUUUCAGGUGGGUUCAUGCGGGGCUGGGGGCUCCCGUGUCAGUCGUGACUCAGCAUAGGAGGGAACCCUUGGAGUUUGGGUCUGCCCCCAAGUGGAGGGGACAGCUCCUUAGCCGCAGUGUUCUCCCUGCCUCCUUCCAGGUGACUGGCUGACCCUCCUCCUAAACCCUUCCUGAUGCAGGCACGUCUGAGUCCCCCUCUCCCGCAUCCCACAGAUACUUAACUGAGCACCUAUUAGUACUGAGCUCUGGUUUGGAGUCUGAACUCUGCAGCCAUUGAGACAGACACGUAAACAAACGCACAGCAUUAGUCCUAUGGCGAUGGUAAAAAUAGGUUCAUGUGGCGGGGUGGGAGUGGAGGUGAAAUGGGAAUGGAAACCUGAUUGAUGAGAAGGCGCUAGCCACACAGGUAUCGCAGGCAGUGACUGUCCUGGCAGAAGGAACAGACAAUGCAGAGGCUCUGCAUGGGGCAAGAGAGCACGGGGCUGGAGCACAGCAGGGAAGGGGAGCUGGAGAGCAGGGGCUGGGGGCUGAAGUCUGGCCUGAGGUGCCCACUUCCUUUGGGGGGGAAUCACUUUCUCCUCCUCCAAGCCCACUCAGCCCCUGGUUUGUCCUCGGCACAGGGCUGACUGGAACCAAUGUUGAUUCGUUCCUGCAUCGUAACCUCCUGGGGCCCCGGGACCUUGAUCUGCUGCUUCUUGGAUCUCCCACUGUUUGAGGCUCACUGGCUCACAGUAGGCCCUCAGGAAUGGUUCCGCUAGCUGGUUUCUCCUCUCUCGCGUGGACUCACCCUCUGCAGGCCUCCACUGUGGACAGAGGCCAGCCCCAGCCCCUCCCUGGUGUCGGCGCCUUCUGCCAGGCCCCGAAGGCCCGAGGGAUGGUCGAGUGUUGUUCAAGGACUGUUGGUCCAUCCAGAGGGGGCUUCCUGAGGCCACCGGGAAGAGUCCCCAACCAAUCCCGGGAUUCUCCCUUGGUGCAGUUGUCCAGGCCCUCAGAGAAUCAAAGCAGAUCGCGUGGAGGAAGCUGAGAUGCCCUGUAUCCAAGCCCAGUAUGGGACACCAGCAUCAAGCCCGGGACCCCGUGACCCCCUGACCCCCGAGCUCAGCAAGCCCACCAUGGACCUGGCCAGCCCUGAGGCGGCCCCCGCUGUCCCCACGGCCUUGCCCAGCUUCAGCACCUUCAUGGACGGCUACACGGGGGAGUUUGACACCUUCCUGUACCAGCUGCCGGGAACAGCCCAGCCGUGCUCCUCGGCCUCCUCCUCGGCCUCCUCCACGUCUUCAUCGUCAGCCACCUCCCCUGCCUCCGCUUCAUUCAAGUUCGAGGACUUCCAGGUGUUCGGCUGCUACCCCGGCACCCUGAGUGGCCCUCUCGACGAGACCCUGUCCUCCAGCGGCUCCGACUACUAUGGCAGCCCCUGCUCAGCCCCGUCACCGUCCACGCCCAGCUUCCAGCCACCACAGCUCUCUCCCUGGGACGGCUCCUUCGGCCCCUUCUCGCCCAGCCAGACUUACGAAGGCAUGCGGGCAUGGACAGAGCAGCUGCCCAAGGCUUCUGGGCACCCCCAGCCGCUGACCUUCUUUUCCUUCAGCCCUCCCCCCGGCCCCAGUCCCAGCCUGGCCCAGAGCCCCCUGAGGCUGUUCCCCUCGCAGGCUGCCCACCAGCUGGGGGAGGGAGAGAGCUAUUCCAUGCCGACAGCGUUCCCAGGCCUGGUGCCCGCGUCUUCACACCUCGAUGGCUUGGGGAUGGUGGAUGCGCCCGUGACCCCAGCCAAAGCCCGGAGUGGGGCUCCGAGUGCAAGCGAGGGCCGCUGUGCCGUGUGUGGGGACAACGCCUCUUGCCAGCAUUACGGUGUCCGCACCUGCGAGGGCUGCAAGGGCUUCUUCAAGCGCACAGUGCAGAAAAAUGCCAAGUACAUCUGCCUGGCUAACAAGGACUGCCCUGUGGACAAGAGACGGCGAAACCGCUGCCAGUUCUGUCGCUUCCAGAAGUGCCUGGCUGUGGGCAUGGUGAAGGAAGUUGUCCGGACAGACAGCCUGAAGGGGCGGCGGGGGCGGCUCCCUUCAAAGCCCAAGCAACCCCCGGAUGCCUCCCCUGCGAAUCUCCUCACCUCCCUGGUCCGGGCACACCUGGACUCGGGGCCCAGCACUUCCAAACUGGACUACUCCAAGUUCCAGGAGCUGGUGCUGCCCCACUUCGGGAAGGAGGAUGCCGGGGACGUGCAGCAGUUCUACGACCUGCUUUCGGGUUCCCUGGAGGUUAUCCGCAAGUGGGCUGAGAAGAUCCCCGGCUUUGCCGAGCUGUCCCCCGGGGACCAGGACCUGCUGCUGGAGUCGGCCUUCCUGGAGCUCUUCAUCCUCCGCCUGGCCUACCGGUCUAAGCCGGCUGAGGGGAAGCUCAUCUUCUGCUCGGGCCUGGUGCUGCACCGGCUGCAGUGUGCCCGCGGCUUCGGGGACUGGAUCGACAGCAUCCUGGCCUUCUCUCGCUCCCUGCACAGCUUGGUCAUCGACGUCCCUGCUUUUGCCUGCCUCUCUGCGCUCGUCCUUAUCACAGACCGGCACGGGCUGCAGGAGCCUUGCAGGGUAGAGGAGCUGCAGAACCGCAUCGCCAGCUGCCUGAAGGAGCACGUCUCGGCCGAGGCAGGCGAGCCUCAGCCCGCCAGCUGCCUGUCCCGCCUGCUGGGCAAGCUGCCCGAGCUGCGGACCCUGUGCACCCAGGGCCUGCAGCGCAUCUUCUACCUCAAGCUGGAGGACUUGGUGCCCCCUCCGCCCAUCGUCGAGAAGAUCUUUAUGGACACGCUGCCCUUCUGACCCCAGCCCAGGAACACGCGUGCACUCCGUGUGCACGCUCACACGCCACCCCACGUGCCUUUAGCCCACGGCCCACGGACCCCUGGAGCACCACCCCUCAGCCUGGGCCUGAGCUGCAGACUGGCCGCCCCUCCCCGCCACCUGCUCUGGGAGGUCGGCAGGGAGUUCAUGCCCUGGGGGAGGGGGAUGCGUUCACAGGGGUGACCCUUACUAUUUGUCUUACCCCCCAGCCCAGCCCCGGUCUUUAUGUUUUUGUAAGAUAAAACCGUUUUUAACACACAUACCGCCAUGCUGUAAAUAAGCCAAAUGCUGCUGUAAAUACAGGAAGGAAGAGGUUGAGGUGGGAGUGGGCUUUGGGAGGGAGGGACGGGCCCCCACCAGCCUCCUCCUACUUGCUCUCUUCCCUCCCUCCUUCCAUGUGUACAUAGACUCACUCUAGGAGGAAGACAAGUGACAGAUUCUGACAUUUAUAUUUGUGUAUUUUCCUGGAUUUAUAGUACGUGUCUUUUCUGAUUAAUAUAUUUAAUAUAUUGAAUAAAAAAUAGACGUGUAGCUGAA